CAAUCAAUAUUUAAUGGUUUUAUUAAAAGGGAGAAAAGCGCGUUUAAAAACAGAAUUAUCACAUUAUCAUACAAUAUCAAUAAUGAACAAUGUCUCAUACCAGAAAUAUUGUUGAAAAAAGCUUGCAGAGAAUUUAUGGAGGAAGUCUAUAAAUUUUUAAAACCUAAUAUUGGCUUAAAGUUCAACGUUGAACUCCAUGCUCUUUACGCCCAGCCCAAUUUAGAUGAUUUAGAAAACACUCCAUUAGAUGUGAAAAGUUUUCAAACAAAAAUGAAAGAAAUUUUCGACAUCAGCGAAUUUGAAGUAAAAUUUACCAACAAUAUUGAUUUUACAAAAAAUGGAGGAGUUUCAGGAAAGAGACGGUGGUUGGACUUUAGUACAAUUAAUAAAAGUUGUUCAAAAUAUAAACAAGUAUCAACCACUGAAGGGUUCAUCCUAUAUAUCACUACCCAAAAAUUGUUAAUGAAGAACGCAUGUGUAAAUGUCAAAAAUAAUGAUGAAUUUUGUUUCAAAUGGGCCGUAAUAUCAGCCAUAGUUAAUUUGGAAACAAAGGCAAAUCGUACAUCAAUUUAUAAAGUGAAUAUUUUAUCGAAAAAUAUUAACUUGAAGGGCUAUUGCUUAAAUUUCAAUGGGUUGAGCUUCCCAUUAAUAAUAAAGGAUAUAACCAUUUUUGAAGAAAAUAAUCCAUGUAUAAGUAUAAAUGUAUUUGGAUAUGAUGAAGCAAAAAACAUUGUUGUUGGGCCAUACUAUAAAAAAAAUGCAAAAAGCCUAAUCAUAUUAAUAUUUUAUUUCUUCAAAAAAGUAUUGGGGCUAACACCAUCUAUUUCAAGAUUGAUUAGAAACCAACAAACGAAAAGAAUAGAGAAGGUAUUUGUAUGUUAUGAUUGCUUACAACAUUUUCAUCUGAUAGAAAAAUUGAUAGCACACCAGAAGAAUUGCGGUCAAAAAGUAUCUUAUGUUCCGGAAAAAGAUAAGUCUACUUUAGAAUUUCAAAACUAUUGUAAUUCCAUGGUUGUACCGUUUGUACUAUAUGCUGAUUCUGAAUGUAUAUUUAAAAAUAUUCAAACAUGCAUUCCGAACAUGGAUUCGGAAUGCAUGUUUGAAUAAUAAUAAUAAUAAUAAUAAAAUGACGAUUUUUGCUUAAAUAUUAUACAAAAAUAAUAAUUAUUGU